AUGCCAACAAACAGACGACACCGCGUAGCCCUCCAAGUGGAGGUGACAAAAUGUUGUACACGCCGCAGCUUCGAGGCUCACGUGGUUCCGCAAAAUUAUGCUGAAGAUGCCUUCUUUGCGGCUGCUGGCAAUCGGUGUGCUGGGCCCAGCCAGUCCGAGAUGAGCAAGACCUUGAACAAGCAUCUGAGGUAUGCACAUUCGAAGACAAAGGCCUGUGAAGAGUGGUCCUUGCUUGAAUUGCAAGAUUUCAUGGCCACUGUCCUCGGGCACCGAAGCCAAGACCUGCAGAAGAUUUACGAGGGCACCGCGGAUCGCCGAAGCGUUCCCAAGGAGUUGGCUGAGGUGCGGCAGCAGUGGGCCAAGUCAAAUCGCAUUCUCCAAGGGCUCGCGCACCUCGAAGCACCCCAGCGAGAGGCUCACUGCAGAGAGGCUGUGAUGUGGUGGGUGCACCACCUCGAUACAGAAAAGCGAGAAGAGCUUGAACGCAGCCUCACGGUACCACUUCUUCCCGAGAGCCCGAAGCUGCCGUGUGGGUCGACCGGUAUGCUUCGAUCGGACGGCUCAAAUGCCACACUGGAGACCCUGGAAGAUGAGACCCAUGUUUGCAGCAAGGUUAACGAGGCGAACUCCUGCGACUGGUGCCACUCGACACAGGCAGAUCAUGACAAGGGCCUUCCUGGUACAUAUCCGCCGGAUGCCACCAAGAAGUCUACCGGCCCAGACGAUGGAAACCCGCAGGGCUGGAACCGGACACGUCGCUGCGACCAGGAUCAGAUGCCACGGUGUGGACUUUGUGAGGGGGUUGGCGGAAUGGCUUACGGUGAUGCCAACGACAAGAUUGUUGUCACGCCUUGCCAGCCGCUUGCGAACGCUAGCCAGGUGGAUCCAAGCACUGUCACGAAGCCUCUGUACCCCAAGAAGUUCACCAUCCGACGGAAGGACGGCAAGCAGGGUGGCUAUUCGGACACACUGAUAGGGUGGAAAACAGAUCCAUUCUGCUUCGGAUUCUUCCCGCAGAACGAUUCCACGAAGCCGAUGUGCUACCGAAGCGAGGAUGCAUAUGUCAAGUACUAUGACAUCGACCGUGAAGCUCAGCGUGCCGAGUACACCAUUCACAACGGGGGAUUGCUGCUUGACAGCCCGAG